AUGUCUUCCAUUUCGCAGGCUAUUAAAAACGCCCUCCAUCGUGGCAAGGGAGGUGCGAAGGCCAAUGAAGAAAACACCAAGAAAGCUUCGCCUGUGGCCCCAACAGUCGCUCAACAUUAUGCUACCAAAUCAGAUCCGAACGUAAUGGCCCAUCAAGCACAUCAAGUACCGGGAGGAGAUGCAUACUCAGCUGCGAAUGAGGACAAUAGACAUAGAGGAGUACAGGCUGCAAAUCAAGCAGCACACGCAGCAGGACAACACCAAAAUGCCGGGACCAGAGGAGUCAAUGAAGAAUUGGCAAGAAUAGUGGCAGAAGAAAAUGAGAACAAAAACAAAUUACCAAGAUACCCGGGGCUCGAGCGAUGGCAACUCCUGGAGAAAAUGGGUGAUGGAGCAUUCAGCAAUGUCUACAAGGCCAGGGACCUGGAAGGGAGAGUUGGAGACGUGGCAAUCAAAGUUGUCCGAAAAUUUGAGAUGAACUCUAGUCAGAGGGCAAAUAUUCUCAAGGAAGUUCAAAUCAUGCGAGGUUUAGAUCAUCCUAAUAUCAUCAAACUGAUCGAAUUUUCCGAAUCCAGACAAUACUAUUACCUUGUGUUGGAGUUGGCACAGGGUGGAGAACUAUUCCAUCAAAUUGUUCGACUCACUUAUUUCAGUGAGAAAUUAUCAAGACACGUUAUUACUCAAGUUGCCGAAGCAUUACUUUACCUUCACGAAGUGCAGGGUGUUGUCCACAGAGAUAUCAAACCGGAAAACAUUUUAUUCGAACCAAUACCAUUUAUUCCAACCAAAAAUCCAAAGCCAAGAUCUGCUGAAGAUGAGGAUAAGGUUGAUGAGGGUGAAUUCACCCUUGGCUUGGGAUCCGGUGGGAUUGGAAGAAUCAAGAUUGCCGAUUUUGGUUUGAGUAAGGUCGUAUGGGAUAGUCAAACCAUGACCCCAUGUGGUACCGUCGGAUAUACCGCUCCAGAAAUUGUCAGGGAUGAACGAUAUUCGAAAAGUGUCGACAUGUGGGCAUUGGGUUGCGUUCUUUAUACCUUGCUCUGCGGCUUCCCACCAUUUUACGAUGAAAGUAUUCAAGUCUUGACUGAAAAGGUGGCCAGAGGUCAAUACACAUUUCUCUCCCCAUGGUGGGAUGACAUCUCGAAGUCUGCGCAGGACCUUGUCUCACAUUUAUUAACUGUGGACCCCAAGAAGAGAUAUACAAUUGAAGAAUUUCUCCGACAUCCGUGGAUUCGAGGUACCGAUCAACCUACAUACGCGGCGCUUGACGCCCCCCCAAAUGCUACUCCAUCUGUUGAACGUCAACUCAACUUGGGUGGUGGCUUACGAGCCUUCAACCCCGAUCUUUUGGAGUCCCCUGGUGCUGGCAAACGUAUGGAUUUCCGUAGCCCUGGUGCUGUCAACUUACGUGAGGUAUUCGACGUUGGUUAUGCUGUUCACAGACAAGAAGAAGAAGCCAAGCGCAAGAAGAAUUUCAAGCAAGGUUACAGAGGGGCUGCCGCCAUGAACCCUCUCAACCCUAUCGAUGACGACGAAGACUUUGAUGAGAGCGACGAGGGUGACUACGAGGAUAUCGGUGUAUCUUCCAAGGUACCAAAAUCUGGGCAAUCAGAUGUUGCACAAGUCGGCGAGACAUUGCGAAACACGAAAUUGAACUCAAAGACCGCAGUUCCGGCCAAGGGAUAUGGACAGCAUAGUCCUACGAUAACAGCAGCUGCAAAGCAACAGGUUAGAACUAAAAAUGGCCCUUUCGAACUCAACCUCGAUGGAGCAACUUUACUUGGACGUCGCCACAAACAGGUACCGCCAAGUAGUCUGAGGGAAUCAACGGUCGUGCAAUAG